AUGAGCGCCGUCGAGGAGAGGGCGUCUGUCGCCGACGCCAAAGUCGCCAGCCCCGAAGUUGUCGAAGAAAUGGCUGUCCCUGUCAAAGAGAAAGAAAAAGAAAAAGAAAAAGAGGAACCCGAGAAGACAGCCACGCCUCCUCUCUCGAACUACUGGCGCAUACUGUCCUUUCGUUCGAGGAGAGACGGAUUCGCCCUUCUAGUCAGUACUCUGUGCGCUAUUGGAUCUGGCACGGCACUUCCACUUAUGAACAUCGUUUUUGGGAAUCUUGUUAAAGAUUUCAAUGACUACUUCCUGCCAAACUCCACCGUGACCGAAAGCAGGUUCAAAUCAGCUGUCAGCCAGAAUUCGCUAUACCUGGUCUAUUUAUUCAUCGGCAGGUUUAUCCUGACCUACAUCUCGACGUUCUGUUUUCGCGUAACUGGACUACGAAUUUCUGCCAGGUUGCGACUAAGCUACCUCCAGUCACUCUUCGCUCAGCCCAUCAAGAAGCUCGACGAAGUAUCCGCCGGCACUGUCGCCAACACUAUCACGGCUUCGUCCAACAUCAUCCAGAUCAGCAUUUCCGACAAGCUCCAUUCGUUGUUCAUGGCCGUCACCUUGAUCAUCACCGCCUAUAUCAUUGCUUUUCGCUACUCGGCGCUUCUCACCCUUGUAUCAAGCUCCUCUAUGCUUUUCGUCGUCAUCGUAUACAGCAUAACUACGCCUUUCUUAAUUAAAAGGAUGGCCCAGGUCGAGAAGUCGAACGCAAAAGCUGCUUCAAUAGCAGGGGAAAUCUUCAGUUCGAUCCGCGCCGUCUUCUCCCUGGGAGCUGAGAAGAGCCUGACAAGGAAGUACUUUACAGCCGUCGAAGAGUCGCAAAGGCAAGGACUCGCCAUGUCCAUUCUGUACGGUGUUCAAGUAGCGCCGGGGUUUUUUGCCAUGUACUCGAGCUUUGCACUGUCUUUUUGGUUCGGACUCAAGCAAUAUCGGGAAGGGCAUAUUGCUAGCAUCGGUACAGUCGUCACGGUUUUCUUCUCGGUCAUGAUCGUCAUGGCUCUUUUGGGAGUCCUUACCACCCCGAUCAUUGCCAUUACGAAAGCCAUCAGCGCUUCGACUGAGUUCUUUUCAAUGAUCGAUGGUCCAAGAGUCUCGUACGAAGGUGCCUCCGAACCCGACGUGUCGUCGCAUGAUGAUAUCGAAUUCGACAAUGUGGACUUUGCCUACCCCAGUCGGCCCGACGUUCAGGUCUUGAAAGGUUUCAAUGCUCGAUUUAGGAAAGGUCAAACGACUGCUCUAGUAGGCCCUUCAGGAUCGGGCAAGAGCACUAUUGUAGCGUUGCUGGAGCGUUGGUAUGAACUGGAUAGGGAUGAUAUCGACAAGGACGAGGCCACAUCUACCACAGAGCAACCUGACGGUGACCAGCAGCGAUCACCCCGAAACCAGGGCAUGGUGUCAAUCGGUGGCCAUGACAUCAGAGACACCAGUCUGAAGUGGUGGCGGUCUCAAAUAGGCCUUGUCCAACAAGAACCAUUCUUGUUCAAUGAUACCAUCUUCAAGAAUGUUGCAUUCGGACUGAAUGGGACCGUGUGGGAAAAGGACGAUGAUGCGACAAAGCAGCAAAGAGUCGAGAAGGCCUGCCAAGAAGCCUUUGCCGAUGAGUUCAUCCGACAACUUCCAGAUGGAUAUAAAACAAGAGUUGGAGAGAGCGGGAUAAAACUGAGUGGCGGUCAACGGCAGCGGCUUGCGAUCGCACGCAGUAUCAUUCGUGAGCCUUCCAUUCUGAUCCUGGAUGAAGCCACUAGUUCGAUCGACGUUCGAGGAGAAAGGAUUGUGCAGAAAGCCCUGGACCAGGUGUCCAAAAAUCGGACGACUGUUGUGAUUGCCCACCGGCUUUCCACAAUUCGCAAGGCCGACAAUAUUGUUGUUAUGCGUGACGGUCGAAAGAUGGAAGAGGGCGACCAUGAUACCCUGCUCUCGAUCCCCGACGGGAUUUACGCGGGCCUCGUACACGCACAGCAACUGGAAGCUGAGACAGCCCCUCCGAGGAACGACAACAUCGAGGCAUCUGAUCUGGAACCUCUCGAGAGGGGGGACACGACCGUCUCCGCAGAUCAACACGAUGAGAGCACCACGAAAUACAAGGAUCGCGGAUUCUUCAUGUCCGUUGGCCGGAUUCUUUAUGAACAGCAAAAUUAUUGGAUUUUUUACGUUUUGAUCAUUAUUGCAGCAAUGGGAGCAGGAUCUGCCUUCUCGCUUCAAAGUUGGAUCUUUGCUCAGCUGAUCGAAGUUUUCACCUUUACGGGUCAAAAGUUGAAGGAAAGAGGGGACUUUUGGUCCCUGAUGUUCUUCAUACUCGCACUGGGUAUGGCAGUGUCAUACUUUCUCCUCGGAUUCUUCUCCAAUCAUCUCUCCGUGCUCGUGUCGUCCGUGUAUCGGCGCGAACACUUUCAGAAUCUCCUUCGAAAUCCCGUCUCAUACUUCGACACUGAAGGCAACUCCUCUGGUUCAUUGAUGGCCCGUUUGGCCACGGACUUCAAACUCCUCAGCGAACUGCUCGGCUUGAACGGCGUCUUCCCCUUGAUCUCUUUCUUCAACAUGACUGGGUGCAUUAUUAUAUCCUUCUACUUCGGCUGGAAGUUGACCUUGGUGACCUUUUUCUCCGCCAUGCCGGUCGUCAUUGUUGCCGCUUUUGUCCGCAUCAAAUACGAGGUCCAGUUCGAAGAGUGGAAUGCGAAGGUUUUCGCCCACAGCUCGCAAUUUGCGACGGAAGCGGUCGGUGCCUUUCGAACCGUCACGUCGUUGACCAUGGAAGACUCGAUUCUCCAAAAAUACUCGGAUCUCCUGCACGAGCAGAUUCGAGAUGCAACAAGACGAGCGACACAUGGCUGUGUUGUAUUUGCCCUCUCGGACAGUGUCGAACUCUGUGCCAUGGCAUUGACGUUCUGGUACGGGGGACAGCUUCUGGCGACCCGCGAAUACAACAUCAUCCAAUUCUUUCUCAUCUACAGCGCAAUCGUGCAAGGCUCGCAAGGGGCUGGCCAAUUCUUGAGUCUCUCGCCAAACAUUGCUCAAGCCACCGCGGCAGCCAAUCGCAUUCUGGGUUCACGCUCCGUCGGUGAUGAAGGCGCAAAGCUGAAUGGCGUGGGUGCACCGCUGCCACCCACUGAAAAGAAAGCAGGCGCCAGGAUCGAGUUCAAGGACGUCGUCUUCAAAUAUCCCACGCGAGAUACCCCCAUCUACCGCAACCUCAACCUAUCGGUCGAAAAUGGCCAGUUCGUAGCCUUUGUCGGUCCUUCGGGAUGCGGCAAGACCACGGUGAUCUCGCUGCUCGAGCGAUUCUACGACCCCGUCUCUGGAACCAUCACCUUCAACGACCAAAACCUGAAAGACAUCGAAAUGCCGUCCUAUCGCCGUGCCCUGUCGCUUGUCGCUCAGGAACCUAAACUCUUCGAUGGCACCAUUCGCGAGAACUUGAUCCUGGGCCUCGAUGACGAAGAUGUCGCGGAAGAAGACAUGGUGCAAGCCUGCAAAGACGCCGAAAUCCACGACUUCAUCAUCUCCCUGCCGGACGGAUACGGCACACCACUGGGGAUUAACACACAGACGUCUCUCAGUGGCGGUCAGAAGCAGCGCUUGUGUCUCGCCCGCGCCCUGCUGCGCAACCCGUCCCUUCUGCUCCUCGACGAAGCCACCUCGAGUCUUGAUUCACAAUCUGAGAAGCUCGUGCAGGGCGCCAUCGAGCGCCUGGUGGGCCAGAGGAGCAUGACUGUGAUCGCGGUGGCGCAUCGACUGGCGACCAUUCAAAAAGCCGAUACCAUCUUUGUGUUCGGCGAGAGCGAGGCGGGCAGGGGAUCGCGGAUCCUGGAAAGAGGCACACAUAAGGAGUUGUUGAGCAGACGGGGGGCGUAUUGGCAGAUGUGCCAGGAACAGGCGCUGGAUCGGUGA